CCUGCCUAGGCCCCCACCAGCAUGAGUCCGUGGUCCAGUUUGCCACUGGCCGCAGUGCUGCUGUUAUUUUCCGGGGUAUGCACCGUGAACGGCGACACACCUGCCAACUGCACUUAUCCCGAGCUGUUGGGCACCUGGGUCUUCCAGGUGGGCCCCACAGGCUCUCAGCGCGACACCAACUGCUCGGUUAUGGGACGACCAGAAAAAAAAGUAGUUGUGCACCUGAAGAAGUUGGAUACAGCAUAUGAUGACCUUGGCAAUUCUGGCCAUUUCACCAUCAUUUACAACCAAGGCUUUGAGAUUGUGUUGAAAGACUACAAGUGGUUUGCCUUCUUUAAGUAUAAAGAGGAGAGCGGAAUGGUAACCAGUUACUGCAAUGAGACAAUGCCUGGAUGGGUGCAUGAUGUGCUGGGCCGGAACUGGGCUUGUUUUGUUGGAAAAAAGGUGGGAGGCACCUCUGAGAAUGUGAACAUGGACGUGGCCCACUUUGAGAGUCUUCGGGAAAAUUAUUCUGAUAGGCUUUAUAAAUAUAACCACGACUUUGUGAAAGCCAUCAACAGCAUGCAGAAGUCUUGGACUGCAACGACAUACUUGGAAUAUGAGACUCUUCACCUGAGAGAUUUGAUGAGGCGAAGUGGUGGCCACAGUCGGAGACUCUCAAGGCCCAAACCUGCACCACUGACUGCUGAAAUGCGACAAAAGGUUUCAAAUUUGCCAACAUCCUGGGACUGGAGAAAUGUUGGUGGUAUCAAUUACGUUAGUCCUGUUCGAAACCAAGGCUCUUGUGGAAGUUGUUACUCAUUUGCUUCUGUGGGCAUGCUCGAAGCAAGAAUCCGUAUACUCACCAACAAUACUCAGACCCCCAUCCUGAGUCCUCAGGAGGUUGUGUCUUGCAGCCCUUAUGCGCAAGGCUGUAAUGGUGGCUUCCCAUACCUCAUCGCAGGCAAGUAUGCCCAAGAUUUCGGACUGGUGGAAGAGAACUGCUUCCCCUACACUGGCCUCGAUUCUCCGUGUGAAGUGAAGGAUGAGUGCAUUCGUUACUACUCCUCUGAGUACCAUUACGUGGGUGGUUUCUAUGGUGGCUGCAAUGAAGCCCUGAUGAAGCUUGAGCUUGUCCACCAUGGACCCAUGGCGGUGGCUUUUGAGGUGUAUGAUGACUUCCUUGUCUACCACAGUGGUAUCUACCAUCACACUGGUCUGAGAGACCCUUUCAAUCCUUUUGAGUUGACUAAUCAUGCUGUCCUGCUUGUGGGCUAUGGCACUGACCAAGCAACUGGGUUAGAUUACUGGAUUGUUAAGAACAGCUGGGGCACCGGCUGGGGUGAGAAUGGCUACUUCCGCAUCCGCAGAGGGAGGGAUGAGUGUGCCAUUGAGAGCAUAGCCGUGGCAGCCACCCCAAUUCCUAAGCUGUAGGGUGCGCCUUCUGGGGUUUCACACAAGUCGCUCAUGGCAGUAGGGAAUUGAUUUAUUACCAGACUUGCCUUUUCCAGCAGCAUUUUCAGACACUUGUGUACAGAUUCCUGUGAGGAUUUUUGCUUUUAAAAUGAAACUACCUUUGAUUGUAAUAUACCUUCUCAUCAGCCACUAGCCUGCUUUUUUCUAAAUACUCAGUUAAGAAAGAUAUGAGUGAGCCAUGAAGUAAUGGGUUUUGCUGAUCAUUUAUGAUUCAAACAGAUGUUAUAUUUUUAAGAUUUUAUAUGAUAAUGCAAGCAUUUUUUUUAAACAAUACAAAGCACAAGGCAAAAUGGCAAUGAUUAUUAAAUUUUUAUUAAUUUUUUUAUG